AUUGUUAAAUUGACCAAACAGACGGAGCUCAGCGAACGCCAGAUCGAGAGAUGGUGGCGCCGGCGGCGAGCCCAGGAUAAACCGACGACUCUGGUCAAGUUUUGCGAAAAUUCAUGGCGCUGCAUCUACUACACGUACAGCUUCAUCUUCGGCAGCAUUGUCAUGUGGGAUAAACCAUGGCUGUGGGACAUCAAGCAGUGCUGGUAUGGCUACCCGCACCAGUCGAUUUCCGAUGACAUCUGGUGGUACUACAUGAUUUCGAUGGCCUUCUACUGGUCCCUGACCGCGUCCCAGUUCAUCGACGUCAAGCGGAAGGACUUUUGGCAGAUGUUUUUCCACCACAUCAUCACGAUUUUGCUGAUGGCCUUGAGUUGGGUGUGCAAUCUGCACCGAGUUGGUUCGCUGGUGUUGUUGGUGCACGAUUGUGCCGAUAUUUUUCUAGAGGCUGCUAAGCUCACGAAAUACGCUCAAUAUCAGAAGAUAUGCGAUGCGAUCUUUGCUGUGUUCACCGUGGUGUGGAUCAUUACUCGAUUAAUGUUGUACCCGCGCAUCAUCUACAGUUCCUCGAUCGAAGCUCCUCGGAUAUUGCCAAUGUUCCCGGCGUACUAUAUCUUUAAUACGCUGCUGAUUCUGCUAUUGGUGCUACACAUCGGCUGGACCUAUCUGAUUAUGCAAAUCGUCAUCAAGGCUAUCAAGUCAGGGCAGAUGGAGGGCGAUGUUCGUUCCAGUUCCAGUGAUGAGCUUUCAGACAGUUCAGAAAAUUCUCGACCCAUCGCAUCAUCCAACGGAACCCCCAAGAAAUCGCCGAGGAAAGCUGCUGGAUCGAACCUUUCGACCCCUACCAAGAAGAAGUAAGCGCUUUAAAGCAUUAUAUGUUACUGUUUUAGUUGGAAACUAACUGGUCCUAGCUCAUGGAGGGAAACAAUGGAGAAAACACGUGCUGGAGUUGUCGUGUAACGGCAAUGUCCGCACAAUGAUUAGUUGUUGUAGAGAGUGAUGUGGCCUGUCAUCAGUUCAAAUAAACUGGCAAUCCUGUCUGCGAUAGGAACACUAAUCCGAUCUCUAGUGCCACUAUGCAAUCGACGAUACAUUUGCUGAGGCAGUGUACAUUCAACUAUGAAAUAGACCGACAUAUAAGUUUAAAUUGCUAUUAUAAUAUUUAACCGAAAUUGUCGUUUGCUACGGAUAUAUUUAUUAUUUGAUAAAGAAGGGAGUGGAGUGAAUGCGAAAAUAUUGAUUCUAAAUCGAAUUCCAACUAUAGAGAGAAAGUGCAUGAAUGGGAAACUACUGGUAGGAUUGCUGUAGCCUACAGCUAAUGAAUCAGUUUAAAUGCUUGAUAAAGUGUUAAUAGACCACUGGAAACUAUCGCUUUUUCGUGCAAACAUUUAAAAACAUUCCCGGUCCCAAGUGUAAAGUUCGUUCGAUCGUUGUACAGUUAGGGCAUUUUGGAACCGAGAAAACGUCUGUUUAGUAAAAAGGAUAUUUAUCGGCUGCUAGUGGUUUUCUUUCGUAAGUAAUACUCUAGAAAUUCAUUUGAUUUUACUGCAACACAAGUUUAAGAGUAAUAGACAAGCGAAAUUUAAUGUUUUCAUUCAUGGAAACAACGUUCACUAUUGAAUACCAUAGAUGCUUUCAAAAAGCAUGACUAAAUACUGUUUUCUUCUUUUUGAUCAUUGUAUCCACAAAUGCCGUACUGCUACCAGGUUAACAUUCGGCAGCAAACCAUAUCGUUAAGUAAUUUUUGCCGACUGCAGCACCCGUUGCUAUACUAAAUGUGUGUACAUCUACUCGCACAGAUGCCUUUGAGAACAAUCAUCAUCUAUGAAAGCUUUGUUUUAACCAAUAUGGUUGAUAUGUAGGCUACCCUUAUUGAAAUAUUAUUCGAUUGUUUAUGUUGAUUAUUUUGUCUAAGCUGUCGCUAGAUCGGAUUUUUUUUAAAUCUUCCAAAGAAUAUAAGAAACAAAAUCGUUAAAAAUCGGAAAAAACAAGUUAUCACAAAUUGGAGCGGACGCUUUAUGAGAAUCGGAUAGGCAAAGGAACAAUCGCGUUUUAAGUAACAAUAAAAUAUAAGGCAUUAUGUUUUCGUUUUUCUCUCCAAGAUACCAUCCUAGUGAUUAAAACAUAAUUUUUAAGAAUAUAUACAUAUAGCUGUAGCUAAAGCUAAGACGAAUGAAGCGGGAGCAUAAAAAUUGCAUAGAUAGCCGUCGCAUUUUUUAAGGAUGGUUUUGUUUCCAUCUCUGCGGUUACCGUUUGGAGGAAAAAAAAGCAGCUGCACAUCAACAUUACCCUUAAACAUGAACUGGACCCACAAUUGUUUUUAAAUAACGUGCACAGAGCUUUUAACAACAACAACAAAAAAACUGAACAAGAUCACUCACAAAAUAAGUUUAGUGAAACAAAUAUUUCUUUUAUCAUUCUGGUUACGUAUCUAUCAUUAGUCGACGACAGAUUUCUAACAUCUUGAAGACAAAAAAAACAAUAUUUGAGUGUAAAUCUAAAUCAAAAAUAAAAUUUAUAAAAAUUC